AUCAUGGCGGUGGGUCACCGUCAGUGCGGUCCGCGGGUGUUGGUGUAAAUAUUUUAGAAAAUGAGUGGUUUUGAUGUGAAAUUUCGUGUGUUGUGAUAUUGGAAUUUGAUAGUGCCCAAAUGGAAUUACGUUUGCACAGUCCUGUGGGGGCUGAGGCCGUCAUAUACCAGUGGCCUCUCACCUCAGGAAGAGGAUCCGAUAAACAUGAUGGAGCGUUGGAGAUCGUGGAGACCAUAAGAUGGGUCUGCGAAGAUUUCCCGGAUCUUAAACUGCCUUUAGAAAAUAAUAUUCUUUCCGAUUACAAUACUAGGAGUUAUGAAUCCAUGAAAUCACUGUGUGAUCGUUUCAAUAGAGCCAUAGACAGUAUGGUACAAUUGUCGAAAGGCACCUCACUACAAAGACUGAGCCAACACCCUUCUCGAGGCCUGCUCCGACAUAUUCUUCAACAAGUCUACAAUCAAGCAGUCAUAGAUCCGGACAAAUUAAACCAAUACGAGCCGUUUUCACCGGAGGUUUAUGGUGAGACAUCAUUCGAUCUGAUCUGUCAGAUGAUCGACGAAAUCAAUAUAACUAAAGAUGAUGUUUUCGUGGACCUCGGAUCCGGCGUCGGUCAAGUCGUCCUGCAGAUGGCCGCUGCAACACCCUGUAAAAUCUGCUUCGGCGUCGAGAAAGCGGAUGUCCCCUCCAAAUACGCCGAGGAGAUGAACCAUCAUUUCCGCAAAUGGAUGGGCUGGUACGGGAAGAAGUACGGAGAGUACCGGCUGCUCAAAGGCGACUUCCUCAUGGAGGAACAUCGGGAGAAGAUAGUAGGUGCUACGAUAGUUUUCGUCAACAAUUUUGCAUUCGGACCGACCGUGGACCACAUGUUGAAAGAACGCUUCGCAGACUUGAAAGAUGGUGCUCGCAUCGUGUCGUCUAAGUCGUUCUGUCCCCUCAACUUCCGCAUCACGGACAGGAAUCUAUCAGACAUCGGCACCAUAAUGCACGUGUCCGAGAUGGCACCGCUGCGCGGCUCUGUUUCUUGGACAGGGAAACCAGUUUCAUAUUAUUUGCAUGUCAUCGAUAGGACAAAACUAGAAAGGUAUUUCCAGAAACUGAAGAACCCACGAGCACAACGGAACGCCGCUGCAGCCCUCCAACGCAGCUACAACAGUGAAUCUGCUAUCGAAUCAAGGACUACACGGGAGAAAGCCCGUCGAUUCUUGACGAAGAAUGGAAGUAACGAUUCCUUAACAACUAAUGCUUCCUCCAAUAGUUCCACAAACGGCAACAAUAACGACAGCAAUAAUAACAUGAAUGGUGAGGAGAACGGAAUAGAUAAUGCCUCAACGAAUGGUUUGGAGAAUGGUACCAGGAAUGGGCUUAUAACAUCAGAGUCCGAGCACUCUCACUCCGAGAACGAGUCUGGCACCAACUCGGCGAUACCGAGAGUUACCACUAGAAAAGCUUGGUCCGAUUAUUGCAGUAAUAAGGGUCGCUCGAGUAAUUCGGAAGAAGAAAACAACAAUGAUACUCGGAUCGCCGGUCGUGUCCGUCAAACUAAGAAACUGCGUCGCAAAAUGCCAAGGAACAACAAACCAGCACCAUCAACCACUGCCACCGCUCCUGUGGUUAAGCCGCCACCAAAGCGUGCCAAGGGCAAACCAAAGAAAGGAAGGAACAAGCGAGCAAUCAAAAUUACUGGCCUUGAUCUUCUCCACAGUCAAACGCUCCUCAGUACCUCGCCUCAAGCGGGUCAAAAACUACCUCCUGCUCCAGGCUGCGUGGAUCAACAGCUAACAAACCUCACCGCCUCUCUAAACACCGUCAUGAACCACGAGGAGCUGGACAUUCCAACGCAACCAACCAACACUCCAUAUGCGCUCCAACUUCUCCUGGAUAUCUUUCAGCAGCAGUAUCUCCAGUUCCUUGAUCGGAUGAAAACACCAGGCUACAAAGUUGAAGUUGAAAAGAACAUCCAGAUUGAGAAGGAGCGGAAUGAAAAACUUCAACUGCGAGCUGCUCAGCUUGAAAAGCAGAUCAAAGUCUUGAUUGAUGAGAGCGUUGCAUUUUUGAAAACGAGAAUGACAGAAAUUGGUAUCGAAGCAACAACUCCUGCUGAUCUGUUAUCCAAAGCGAAAGAAAUCGUAAUGAAGCACAAGGAACUGCAAGCUAAAGCUGCUAAAUUGCAAGCGCAGGUGAACAACUUGGACGAAAACAAUGCAAAGCUGGUCGCCAAGAGGAACCAAGAGAUGGCUGCCCAACAGCAGCAACAGAAGGAAAUACAGCAGCAGAAAGAACUUCAACAGCAGAAAGAGUUGCAACAGCAGAAGGAACUGCAUGAACGGCAGCUACAACAACAGCAAUUGCAGCGACAGCAGCAAAUACAACAGCUCCAGCAGCAGGAACAGCAGCUGCAGCAACAGAAGAAGCUCCUGCAACAACAGCACCAAGCACAACAGCAAGCGCAGCAACAAGCGCAACAGCAGGCACAGCAACAGGCACAGCAGCAGGUGCAACAGCCGUUAGUGCAACAGCAGCAUCCACCCCCCGCAAUAGCGCCGGUCACAGCACCCACAACGCCUGCUGGCCCUAUCGCAGCCAAUGCAAUGAUUAACUCGUCUCAAUCUUUGACACAGGAAUCGAUAUUGAAGGAAAUAGCAACAACUCUGGGUCAACGCAAGAAGUUACACUCGCAUGUGAGCAAGCUUGAGACGGAACUGACAGCACUGGAAAAAGCGAGGGUUAUCUCUCAGUCUCCAGUUAAUGGCAAAUAUCCAAGCCCCGAGAAGCCCAUCGGUGCGACCAACAGCUCCUCAAAGUCCCGCAAAUCCCGGGAUCAUCGGUCUCGCUCGCAGGAAUGGCCGGACAUCCCAGACGUCGGUAAAAUCGAGGAGAAGAAUCCUGAAAUCCUCGCGCAAAAAAUCCUAGAGACCGGACGGCAACUUGAGGCGAACCGGAUCCGUUCCAUGGAGUCGUCACCCUCCGCCCGCAACUCCUAUCCCUCCCACCAGUCGUCGCGCACGUCCCACGGAAAACACUCCCUGCCGCCGAUCAACGGGAUCGCACACAAAAAUCACAGUGCAAACACUGGUAACCAUAGUAACAGUAACCUCAUGCACGGUAACCACGGCAACCAGCAUCCACCAUCCCAGCAGCAAAGCGUGAGCUUCACAGCAAACCGGGCCCAGGAACCGCCGCGGAUAGCCAACUUCGAGGACCGGUUGAAGUCGAUCGUCACGAGCAUCCUGAACGAGGACCAAGAGAACAGGAAGCAGCAGCAACAACAGCAGAUGAACAGCCUCGGCACUGUCGGAGCACCUGUCAACGCUUCGCCUGCCCCGACUUCGCCGAGCGUGGGAAGCUGGCAGACCCAGCGACCUCCACCUAUCGCCAACUACCAGCAACCGCCACAACAUCCCCAGCAUCAGCAGCUACUCCAGUCGCCGUCGCAACCAGAUUACACGCAAGUUUCUCCUGCAAAGCUUGCCUUGAGGCGACAUCUAUCGCAAGAAAAACUGUCUCAGCCCAGCACUGGCUCUCACAGUACGAUCCAGGUGGCCACCAGAACCAUUGGUGACCUCGUCAACGGGGAAAUAGAGCGAACACUAGAAAUAAGCAACCAGAGUAUCAUAAACGCUGCUGUAGACAAUGUGGUGUUGCCGGGCAACACAAGUAGCGGUGGUAGCAAUCAGCGUGCCAAAGACAACAAUGGGCGCGGCGGCAGCAGACAACACAGCUCGUCGCACCACUAUAACCGUCCCCCCCACCAACUUUACUCUUCGAAUAACCCCCAACAAAGGUCUUCCAUUUUGUUUGCUCCCUCCUCCGCGCAAAUGUCGACACAGCAACAAGGUAAACCAAGGUACACUCCUGUUGAGCUGCCACGAGCUGAAAUGAAACCUUACCAUGAAUCCUAUUUCAGCGAUGCAGUUGUCCCGAAGGAGGAACCGCCUGUCGAAGGAUUGGCAGCAACGCUACAAGCACGAAUACUCCACGGUCAGGGAGACGACAACAUCAAACAGGAGGAUUCGUCGAGCGGCUACAUGGACGGCAAAGGGGAGGUGGACAGUCACCUCAAGCGGCGAUGCCCGUCACCCUCGAGUCUGAACCGGCCGCCCAUGAAAAAACAACACCUUUCGCAUGAAAUGAUCUCAAACCGACAAACCGAAGAUGUUCUGGACAAGUGGCAGGACAAGAUAAGCAGCGGCUUCGACAGACUGGUCGCCUUCGCGUCGACAGAACUGGACAAGCGAAGGCGCAGCACUGAAGGCAGCGUUGUCAACGGGACCUGCAACGGCGGGCUGAGCGCCAACACAAGUCCAGACUCGGGCAUCAGUCAAUGCGAUGCCCCUGCCGCACCUCCCCCUCGCCUCUAUCGGCCGGACUCUCCGUCGUUGGAGGAUCCUCCCAGAACUCCGUCCCCUUCCUCACCACCUCCACCGUUGUUACCCUACUCGCCUGCGCCCUACUCUCCAGGACCCCCACCCUCCAGUCCACCUCUCUUACCGCCCUCGGUCCCUGUCGGAGAAAGCGACCGUCACUUCAAGAAGAAGUUCUUCCACAACAAGAAGUUUCGACCCAAGGGCAAAUGGGAUUGGCAUAACGUUCAAGAAGAGGGUCAAGAGUGGUGUUGAUCAAGAUCGAAUCAUCAAUGAAUUUUCAGUAAUUUAAGCGACGCUCUCUGAGGUGUUGAAGUAAUGCGUGAAACGAUAUAUUAAAACCAAUCCAUUUCUUUUCAAUUGACUGAAUUUUCUCAUAGUUUUUUUAAAAAAAAAGUAUAGCCAAUUUUCACUUUUCUCAACUUAGUAUCGACAUUUUUUAAUAGCUCGCUUUUUCUGCCUGUGCUCAUCACAGUAAUAUCUUGUUGAUUUCUCUGAAAUUUGCUGGUCUUACAGAAUUCAAAGUUAAUCCGUAGUUCUUUAAGCCAUUCUAAUCCUCCUCAUUCUUCUCAAAGAUCAGUAAUUUUAGCCUUAAAUGUAAUUUCUGUGCAGGCUUUUUUUUAGUAUCAAAGCUACUAAAUCAGUCUUAAGCCUGUUGGCAACGUGGAUUUCUUAAAUUUUAUUGAAUAUUGGCCUUUUAUGAAACUAAGUAUUUUGCAUUGUAAUGACAGUUAAUGCUUUCGAAAUCUGAUGAAGUGAACAAAAGUAGAAUUUUCAUCAUCACUGACCAUUAAUCAUCAUCAAUUUUAAUGCGACACCUUUAAUCGCUCGAAGCUGUGUUAGAAGAUUAUCGAAUCAAGAAUUUUGAAAAAUCUGAGUGGCAGGCCUGGACUUGUGGACAACCAUUAAGAAUUGAUACUGUUUUUUUUUUUUUUUUUUCUUCGUAAAACGAGACCUUCUUUAUCUCUUGUUAAAUUUUUUUGCCCGCGAGCUGUAUUUUUUCGAAUCUCUCGGUCAUUCGAUUUGUUAUUGCUUUGGAAAAGACUUUUUAUUAAUGCAACUCGAUUUCUCGUUCCCAAGUCUGGUGCCUCUCCUGAAUCAGGGCCUGCGUCUCGCACGAGUUUCUUCAGAUAUGAACAGACAAGUGAAAGUGUGUCUUCAUUUUUAAUACUUGACUCACCGCAACCAAAAGUUAUGCAUGAAAGUUUACAAAGUGGAUGAGCUUGAUGUUUAAUUUGUUCUGACCGAACCAAAGUGCUCUUCAACUCCAAGUUACCUCUCGUUUUUGGUAAUUUUUAGAAAUCAAGACUCAAAUUUUAAGUUUGCAAGUGAGUUUUCUCUCUCGGCAUCUAGUUAAUUAUAUCUAGCCAUUUAUUUUACAAAGCAGUGUUUUAUGAAACCAGUGUUAGCUGUAAUUUGUAAACUAGUAUCAAUAUUUAUCGCAAUUUUAGAGCAAUUCUUUUUUCCUCGUCAAAUAUAAGAAGGGAUUCCACACACAGAAACCCUUAAUUUUUUUCUUUGGGGUUCAAAAAACAAAGGCGUGAACAGAUAGACAAGAUCUGUUCAAAAUAGUUCUAUUCUUAUUUCUUCCUUAACUUACAGACGAAUUUCAAGGCUUACAAUGAAAUGAUGAAAUUUAGACGUAAUACAAGGAAUCAUCAUUUGUGAUUGGGUGAAGUGAAUCAGUUUUCAUCAUACCAGAUAAUUUCUGAUUUUAAAGUAGAUUUGUUUUUUCAUGCAAAUCUGCUGAGAAGCAAUUUGCAAAGGAAAUCUCACCAAUAAGAGUAUCUUGGUGUCCUUGUUCACCAGCGCACUUUGUGUGCAUGGAUAAAACAGCCUCCAUAUUAUUCUUAUGCUUCCACAUCAGCUAGGAUUAAGGGAUAUUGCUCUAAAUGCUCGUUCCUCUCAGAAUUAAUCGUGUACCCCUCCUGCCACUAAAGAAAUUUUUUGGGAUUUUCUCAUUCUCAUGUACAAUCUUAUUAAAUCUAAAAACAUGAAAGGUAACUUUUGCUAACCGACAAAUUCCCAAAAAAAUUCUACCACUUCUCCUGGCAUGGUUGAAACAUGCAAGGAUGCGUGGAUUCUAUUUAAUUUCUUUUCUACUAAUGUUACGUUCUAAGUGUCUGCUCUUAUUAACGAACUCAAUGUUUAUUUGUACUUCUUAGUAUCCAUACCUUGUUAUCAAUGAUGUUGUCAGUGUCAUCAUCGUUAUAUAUUUAGCGUAAAUUUGGGAUUCACGGAUGAAUGAUGCAUGAAAUUUUUUAAUGUAGUAUCAACCCAGAAAAUUCAAGUCUUUUUUUCACCUUUCUUUUCAUAUCAUUUCAUUUUAACCUCCGAAAAUUUUUGCUCAAGCAUUUUGUCAAAACUUUCUUCUUUUAUUUAAUUUGUUUUACCUGUGAUUCUUACGCCUUUUAAAGCUAGUGUCACUUUACUCAACUAGACUUCAUUUUGCAAUUCCAAUUAGAAACUACAAUAUCUGACUCAUUAUUGUAAAAGCUUUUACCCUCUUGUGGAAAUCAAUGGCAUUUAUGUUGUUUCUAAAGUGAUCCGGAAAUUUUAGUUCCUGAUUGCCAAAUGUCCAACUUACCCUUUGUCCAAUACUGUCGUGCCAAUGAGGAAUGCUGUAAGAAUGAGUUCAUGUUGCAAAAUUUCUUAUCACAAAAUAAUUAUUUUAGAGAUAAGCCCCAAAUAUUUUUCUCUGAAAUUUUGAUAGACUUAAUAAACCUGCGAAAAAAAAAAGAAAAGUAUAUAUGUGUUAAUUCUCCAGAAAAUUCAGUUGUCAGCAGCUGAGUUUUGGUAAUGUUUGAGUGUUUUUACAGCAUUUCACCACCGCACAGCAGAGAAGAGAAGGGUUUAGGACCUAUUAACUGGAAUACAUUUUGCAAUCAGGAACUACAAUUUCUGGCUCAUCUGCAAAAACGCUUGUGUGUACAGGGGAACUGAUGGCAUAAAUGUUGUUUCCAAAUUCAGCCAGGAAUUGUAGUUCCUGAUUGCAAAACGGAGAUCCUUGCUGGUUAACAACUCUGGGUUUUGUUUGAUUAAAUGAAACUGAAACAGUUAAUUUGUAUAACAGCUACAUCAUCUAGAUUCAGUCACUCUAAAUAAAUUUAAAGAGAGAAAAAUGUGUUGCCAGCUUGGCAGAAUCCCCCCCCCCCCCAUGUAAAAAGGAAAAAAGAAUGCACUGUGGCAGUAAAUGAGUCCGCGAGAUGUUAAAUUAAUUUUGGAUACAGUCAUGCCAAAAAUGAAGAUCCUCAGAGGGCUUUCUUUGAAUUUUUGAAGGUCUUUUCAAGAUUUUGAACGGAAUUUUUUAGGUUUUUACUGAAUGAUCAGAUGUAUGUUUGAGUCUAUUGGCCACAUCAGUUAUGAAAAUAGGAAAGUAUUUUUCUAAAUUACUGUUUUUUAAAGCUUCUGACCAUGUCUUAUUGCCUGGAUAGGAAGUCAAGCCACACAAUUGUAAGAUCUUCCUGGAAAAAAUUUUGCUAGAAAAAGCAUAAUAUGUUUCAAGAACAAUUAUAUAGUUGGUGCCUACUCUUUCAAGUCUCCGAACAUAAAAUUUACCAUGUAGCUAUGUUUCUACUUUUAGUACUUUUAUCUUAGUUUCAGCCUUGUUUCAGAAAGAAAUUUGAUGCAAAUUGUGUUUGUGUAUGAUUUUGAUGUAGUGAAAAACGUUGACCUCAGAUAUCAGAGGAACAUUGUACUUCUUUGGGAAUAGCCAAUUAAAUUAGCAUCCAGGCGAAUUUCCAUGAGAGGAUUUGGUUCAUUUUAGAGCCACAUUUCACAGAACUGCCAAUUGAGGCAGGAAAACUUUUGCUAGAAGUCGAGAGCUGAACUUUGCGGUACGAUAACUUGCGCCAAUGUUUAGCUCCACCCAUCGCACGACCCUCUUCGGGAGGUGGUUGAGAAUUUUGAUAUGGUGGUCAAUGCUGCCAACAUGAAGUCCAAAUGUUGUAGGCACACCGUCGCUGGGAGGGAGUUUCGUUUUGUUGUAACAGAGGUUGGCUGUAUAUAAGAAAUUUGAAUGCAUCCUCUCGUGUAAAUUCGUCUUCUGUGUCCAGAAAACAGAAUAUCUAGUCAGUGCAUGUUUCUUGAUGGCAAGAUUAUUAGCAAGUGGCUUGAAUGAGUGAUAUCUAUUUUAAGAAGAACUGUUGAGCGUUUGAAAUCUGAGAUCGGGUCAUCAGCAAUUAGAUGGAUCAGCCGGGUCAAAAUCUUAGUCUAAUUUUUUAUCUUCUUUGAGUCUCUGCUGGUAAUCGUGCUUUUAUAAAUGUCAGUUUUCUGCUCGCAAGUUAAAGAAUUUUCUUGCAACUCAUCACCUUUUCACUUGCUCAUAAAUAGUGUUUUCUUAUUUUACCAAGUUUUGUAUCAGCCAGGAAGGUUACCAAUGGCCUCCAUUAAAAAUUGCAGUUUUUAGAAGUCAAUCUUUGAAAUUAUCCUAGCGUCAUCAUUCAUUUUUGCAAUCUGAUGGCUGCUGAAAUACAGCAGGCAAACCGGAAAAAGAGACCAAGCUGUAGCAAAAUUCAUAAUUACUGGCGGUGUCACCACCUUAAACGUCAUUUGUAAGCUCCCUGGUAUUGAAUAUCCAUGGCUGAGCUAUGGAAUUACGUAUCUUAGUCAGUGCAUUCUAAACUUCUUUUCAUGAGGUAUGCUUUAGUUUAACGUCUAAUCAACGGCAUUUCUGUGAAUUUUCUGCCCUGUGUAGAGAGUUUUCUAUGGAGAUUUCUAGUGAUGGUGUAUUAGUUCUCCUUUGAAAAAAUUCAAUUACAGGAUAAAUUUUAAAGAACUGCAAUUGAGAUACUUGGUUUCAAAGUUUGGUGAUGAAUGUGUUAUUGCAAGUUUAAUUAUUUAAGCUUACAAUCCAGUUUCCAGUUUUUUUGUACGGAACUCUGGAGCAAAUGCUAAUCUGGAAGAUCUUCUAUGCGUCGCUUUUUGUAGCAUUAUCCUUUAAUAUGAAUCUUCACUGCCAUUAGAACUAUUAUCAACGAUCUAGGAUGAUAUUUUAAGUCUAGACAAUUCUCCAGGUUCUUCAGGUGCAAGAACCUAUUUGUACAAUCAGUUAUCUUGUACAGAGUGCAAUAAUUUAUAAUCCAAUUCUUCUUUGUCACUGCCUUUAAUUUAUCUGUUCUGUCAGCCAGCAGUAUUGUUUCUACCAUUAUUGCACGACAUCUUACAACUGCCCUCUGUGGGGAGGACGUGCAGUAAAAUGCAGGGUAUUUACUAAAUAUAUCUGAAGGAUAUUAAUUUUUUGCUUCUUGAGGAGACCUGGAAAUAUUGGCCAACUAAUUCUAAUUUGCUCUUGCAAGGUCCAAACAAUGAUUAAAAUAUGUUUAAUUUGUAAUUGAUGGGGAGAAAAUUACAACAGGCGAUUUUUCCUGUGAUUUGCUUGAACGUAGAAAAGUUGUUCACGAAUUUUUUGAUUAACCAAUAUUUCCCUUCUUCGAAUUUUUCGCCUCAGAUUCUUUUUCGCAAAUCAAGGGCCAAGGAACAAUAUUACCCAACUGACAGUUUAGAAACAAAAAAAAUUAGAGAAUCUGGUGCAUUCUACAGUGUAAAUUACGCAAGCUGAUGUUAUUUAUUUUUUUCAAUUCUGCAUAGGAGAGCUGUAAUGUUGUUGAAAUGAGUUGAAUAGAAAUUGAAAAUUCAUCCUCCAAAUUACAAAUAUGGGGAAGUUUUUUCUUUGUCCUGUAAAGCUGUCAGUCUGCAGAUACGCGGUAUUGUUCCUUAGCCAUUGAAAGGGUGACCAGAUGGACUAGAUCUAAACCACUCAGGUUCACUAGCAAAUUUAAGUUCAAAAUAAAUUGCUUUUUUGCUCUUUGCGUUAAUUCUGCGCACUUCUGCACGUUCCUUCUUUCCACAAUAUUUUACUAGCAUACUGUGAGUAAUUUUUGCAUCGCUUUAAUAAUUUUAAGUUUAAGAACCGAACAAAGGAAGGGUGUCUUAAUUUUGAAGAGCCAGUCAUCCUGGAAGAUACGUUUAACUGGCCAGUCAGGAAGUUCAAUCGUCUGUGUAGAUGACCACCAAUGAUAUCUUAUCAAUAACAUAAAGUACAAAUUAAUCUCGCUGUACAUUAAUUAUAUUUCUGUGAUGCCUACCUGGGUGCAGCGUGCAUCCGGUUUGUAUGGUUUGGGCAAAACAUGAAGUAAGCAGCUCUAGCAAAAUAAAACAGAAAGCUGUACUUUUUAUGUUCGGAUUGUGUGAUGUAAUUCCUAAGCCAGAAAUUGAUUUUCUUGCUCCAAAUUAACAAUUUAAAUUUUCAUCAAGUUUUUUUAAUAGUUUUUGAGGGUCCCAAAGAAUUUUUAACAAACUGUUCUUUCAAAAUUCACACUCUAGAAUGCUCACCUGUGCUGAGUAUUUUGAGGCUUGAGAAUCUAGGUCCCUAAUGUUCAUUUAAUACACCAUGUUUCCUUUUGCUUAUGUAAUGAGGCGUUUUCUGUGGAAUUCUAAGAACAGGAAGAAAAAAGGAAAAUUUUCAUACUGUAAAAAAGUUUCACUAUCCGGAACGCAUCAUUUUCUAGUAGGAUAUUGCCCACCAUCAGCACUGAUAGAUCAAAUGACGAUGCAGCUCAAUCCACUUUCGAAAAAUAAUUUUUUCUUUUCAAUGACUUUCUGUGCAAAUCUUAUCCUUAAGUUUGUUUUAAUUCUGUUUAUCUUUUCUAGAGCGUGUGUAAUGAGACUUUUAGUUCAAUUUUAUCCUGUUUCUUGAUUAAAAAGAAAAGCAGAAAUUUUCCGUUUUCAGUGAUAGGAUGUGUUUUAUACUCCUUGUUUUUUUCUGUAAGAACUGUUUCUGUAAUUUUGACUAGCCUUUGGAUCUGGACGGGCCUGAAUUUGUAAUGCAAUGAUUUUCUUAUGGAAAUAAAGAAGUAUCCGUUUUUAUGAGAAUCCUUUUGUUGUUAAGUUUCUUAUGGGGGAAGAAAAAUCUACUGUCUCGCUCAUUUCAGGCACGUGCCAUUCCUCGAAAGGACUCCUUGUGUUUAUUAUUGUACAAAUCUUGUAAUUUAAUCCCUUUCCUUUUCCAUUCAUCUCAUAUGUACAGUUUCCCUUUUGUAUUUUACUUUUGUUCUUAAUUAUUUUUAGCUAUCAGAACACCCUUGUUUGUUACUACUUCAAGUCCCCAAAGGAGUAUUAUUGAGUUUGUCUUGUCGAUAAAGUCUUUUUUCCAUCCAAUAGAAGGCGCUCAUCUCUCCAAAUAACAAUCAGUGCUUACGUCUGUUCAUCAGCUGGGAAAAACGGUAAAUUGACUGAAAAACCGUAAGAGAAAUGUAUUGUGCUAUCAACAAUGAUACAAAAGAGCUUGAAUAGCAUCAGUGUCAGCUAUGUUCAGCUUUCAGUCCCCACUGAAGACUAAUAGUUCAAAAAUUGUAUAUUCACCUAGGCUGUAUUCGAAAUUUUAAAGCUCUACCCCCAAGUGAGAUAAAUGCAACAUUUUAGACUGGUCAAAAGCAUCCUCAAUUUUAUUGGGUUUUAAAAGGCUUUUUGUCUCAAAAUAGUGAAUUUGUACAUAGGUACGAUUGUUCUCUUUUAUAUUCUUGUAGAUUUAAUGCUGUCACAUAUUUCCGUCUUUCUUUUACUUAGUCCGUUGGACUCUUUGAAUACUGCGCAUUUUGCGCUCUCCUCACGUAGUUGAAGAGAUAGAGAGAGAAAGAAAAAAGCUGUGGGACCUUUCAAUCAAGUGAUUAAAGCAUGUAAAUGAAUGUUGUGUGUUCUUUAGAUUCAUCAAUAAAAGUAUUAAUAGUAAA